AUGGCAGAGGUGGAGGAGACACUGAAGCGUCUUCAGAGCCAGAAGGGGGUGCAAGGGAUCAUGGUGGUGGACAUGGGAGGCAUUCCCAUCCACAGCACCAUGGACAACCCUACCACCGAACAGCACGCCACCCUCACGCACAACUUCAUCUUGAAGGCCCACAGCACCGUGCGUGAAAUGACUUUCCUUCGAAUUCUCUCCAAGAAAAAUGAAGUUAUGGUUGCACCAGAUGAAGACUACUUCCUGACUGCAAUUCAGAAUCCAACUGAACAAGCCAUUCUCUUGGAUCCACAUCAUUCCUUAGUUUAA